GGCAGGUUUCCUGUCAAGGGAGCCACGUGCUGCCGAAAACCGCUCCCUCCCCUGCGGGCCGCUGUCUCGCCCGCCCGCGCAUCCAUCACAGGCGAGAACCGGAGUUUGGAGGUAGACGAGCAGGCGAGCGGUUUGCCCGGGCGCAGAGCAUGAAGGCCGGGCGGGCGCGGGGAGCGGGCGCCCGCCGCCCGGCGCGGGGGUGAGUGAGAGAGAGAGAGCGGAGCGCGUGUGGCCGGCGCCGCUCGGCCGGGAGCUCCCGCGCCCGCGCCCCGCGCCCCGCGCCCGCCGCCGCCGCCCCUGGUGCGAUGGCGCAGAAACCCCGUUGACAAGGCACUGCUUUUUCAUGACGGCCUUACAUGCAUGUGGCACAACAUUCAGAAGAUACAAAAGGACAUUUGUCAUGGAUGAUGAUGACGACUCGUGUCUCCUUGAUCUUAUUGGAGACCCACAAGCAUUGAACUAUUUUCUGCAUGGACCUAGUAAUAAAUCUAGCAAUGAUGACUUGACUAAUGCAGGAUAUUCUGCAGCCAAUUCAAAUUCAAUUUUCGCCAACUCUAGUAAUGCUGAUCCUAAGUCAUCCCUCAAAGCUGUGAGCAACCAGCUUGGAGAAGGGCCCAGUGAUGGACUGCCACUUUCAAGUAGCCUUCAGUUUCUUGAAGAUGAACUUGAGUCUUCUCCUCUUCCUGAUCUCAGUGAGGACCAACCUUUCGACAUUCUUCAAAAAUCCUUGCAGGAGGCCAAUAUCACUGAACAGACGUUGGCAGAAGAGGCAUAUUUGGAUGCCAAUAUAGGUUCAAGCCAACAGUUUGCACAAGCUCAGCUUCAUCCUUCUUCAUCAGCAUCCUUUACUCAGGCUUCUAAUGUUUCUAAUUACUCAGGUCAGACGCUGCAGCCUAUAGGGGUGACUCACGUGCCUGUUGGAGCAUCGUUUGCAAGCAAUACAGUGGGUGUGCAACAUGGCUUUAUGCAACACGUGGGGAUCAGUGUUCCCAGCCAGCAUUUAUCCAAUAGCAGUCAGCUUAGCAGUUCUGGUCAAAUACAGUUAAUUGGGUCAUUUGGUAAUCAACCUUCCAUGAUGACUAUUAAUAACCUAGAUGGAUCUCAAAUCAUAUUGAAGGGCAGCGGGCAGCAAGCCCCAUCAAAUGUGAGUGGAGGGCUUCUGGUUCAUAGACAGACUCCUAAUGGUAACUCCUUGUUUGGGAACUCAAGUUCCAGUCCCGUAGCACAGCCUGUUACCGUUCCGUUUAACAGCACAAAUUUUCAGACAUCUUUACCUGUGCAUAACAUCAUCAUACAAAGGGGUCUUGCACCAAAUUCAAAUAAAGUUCCAAUUAAUAUCCAGCCAAAGCCUAUCCAGAUGGGUCAGCAAAGUACGUACAAUGUGAACAAUCUGGGAAUGCAGCAGCAUCACGUGCAACAAGGCAUCUCUUUUGCCUCUGCAAGUUCACCCCAGGGCUCAGUAGUUGGUCCACACAUGUCUGUGAACAUCGUCAACCAACAGAACGCAAGAAAACCAGUCACCUCACAGGCAGUGAGCAGCGCUGCAGGCAGUAUUGUCAUUCAUUCUCCCAUGGGCCAACCUCACACACCCCAAAGUCAGUUCCUCGUACCUACAAGCCUUUCUGUCAGUUCCAACUCGGUACACCACGUCCAGACCAUAAAUGGGCAAAUUCUUCAGACUCAACCUUCUCAGCUCAUUUCUGGCCAAGUGGCCUCAGAACAUGUCAUGCUGAACAGAAACUCUUCCAACAUGCUCAGGACCAACCAACCAUAUUCCGGACAGAUGCUUAACAACCAGAACACCGCCGUCCAGUUAGUGUCUGGGCAGACAUUUGCUGCCUCUGGAAGUCCAGUGAUAGUCAAUCAUGCCUCUCCUCAGAUUGUUGGUGGACAGAUGCCCUUGCAGCAGGCGUCACCAACAGUAUUACACCUGUCACCUGGGCAGAGCAGCGUCUCCCAAGGAAGACCGGGCUUCACCGCCAUGCCCUCGGUGACGAGCAUGUCGGGACCUAGUCGGUUCCCUGUCAGCUCAUCCAGCACUGCCCAUCCUAGUCUUGGGUCUGCGGUUCAGUCAGGUGCAUCAGGAUCGAACUUCACAGGAGAUCAGCUGGCCCAGCCAAACAGGACUCCAGUACCGGUCAGUGUGUCUCAUCGUCUUCCAGUUUCUUCUUCCAAAUGUACCAGCACCUUCAGUAAUGCACCUGGAGCAGGAACCCAGCAACAGUUCUUCUGUCAGGCUCAGAAAAAAUGUUUGAAUCAGACUUCGCCCAUUUGUGCUUCCAAGACCCCAGACGGCCUGCGGCAAGCACAGAUUCCUGGUCUCUUGAGCACCGCACUGCCAGGGCAGGAUUCUGGAAGCAAAGCUAUACCAGCGUCCUUAGGAACCACACAACCACAGCAGGAAAAAGUUGGAUCGCCGGCUGGCCAGCCCACGGUGCAGGUGGACGGUCAUCCGGGAGGACAGAAGAGGCCUGCUGCAAAACAACUCACUAAGGGAGCUUUCAUUCUCCAGCAGCUACAGAGGGACCAAGCCCACGCGGUGACGCCUGAUAAAAGUCAGUUCCAGUCACUGAGUGACGCAGUACAGCGGCUGCUCUCCUACCACGUGUGCCAGGGCUCCAUGCCCACUGAGGAGGACUUGAGGAAAGUUGACAAUGAAUUUGAAACAGUUGCCACUCAGCUCCUUAAAAGGACCCAAGCUAUGCUUAACAAAUACAGAUGCCUGCUCCUGGAAGACGCCAUGCGGAUCAAUCCCUCUGCUGAGAUGGUGAUGAUCGAUAGAAUGUUCAACCAGGAGGAAAGAGCAUCUCUGUCCCGAGACAAGCGCCUGGCACUGGUGGACCCUGAGGGUUUUCAAGCUGAUUUCUGUUGUUCCUUCAAACCUGAUAAAGCUGCUCAGGAGACGCAGUUUGGCAGGAGUGACCAGCAUGGUGGUAAAACAACCAGCUCUCUCCAUCUGACGGCCAAGGCCCAAAGCAGAGACCGAGCCAAACCAGGCAUGGCAGAACCAGUGAAUCAUGACCAAUUUCAUCCAGUGCCUAACCACAUCGUGGUCUCUGCAGAAGGAAACAUUUCUAAAAAAACUGAAUGCCUCGGCAGAGCACUGAAAUUUGACAAAGUGGGCUUAGUUCAGUACCGGAGUGCGUCCGAAGAGAAAACCAGCCGGAGAGACACCCUGAAGGGCAGCGAGUGCGCUCCCCUCCCCGAAGGGCCCCGGAAAAUCUCGUCGAGACCGGAUCAUGGUACUGAGAGCAAACUCUCGAGUACACUAGCAGAUUCUCACUUGGAGAUGACGUGUAACAAUUCCUUCCAGGACAAAACUCUGAGGAAUUCUCCAAAGAAUGAAGUUUUACACACAGACAUCAUGAAAGGGUCGGGCGAGCCCCAGCCAGAUCUCCAGCUCACUAAGAGUUUGGAAACAACAUUUAAAAACAUCUUGGAACUCAAAAAGGCUGGGCGGCAGACCCAGAGUGACCCCACCAUUAGCGGCUCUGUUGAGUUGGAUUUCCCCAACUUUUCUCCAAUGGCUUCGCAGGAAAACUGCCUGGAAAAGUUCAUCCCGGACCACAGUGAAGGCGUUGUAGAGACUGACUCCAUUUUAGAAGCAGCUGUAAAUAGUAUCCUAGAGUGUUAAUAGCAGCAGCCCUGCCCCUGCCCCGCCCAUACCCCGCCCCGGACACAUUAGUCUUUCCUGGCAAAAGCAAAUGGAACCGGUCUCCUGUCUCCAGAACUGCUUGAUCCUUCAUCACAGGUUAUCCUUUCUAAUCUCAACCCCGUUCUUUGUUUAAGAGCAAUACUCAUCGUGGUUACAGGGAGAUCCUUUCGUAAAAUUAAUCUUUGUUAGAAAGCAGUCUGACAGGCCCUACACAUUUCAAGUGUUCUGAAAGCGCUUUUAGUCUUUUUGUUGUUGUUGUUUACCUGUUUUAUUUUUUUAAAAAAUACUGUAACUCAAUGAGAUCACAGUAUACUUGGCCCUGGGUAAAGUUCUGACAAUCAUAAGUCAUUUGAAAAGAAUAGACUUAUUAAAGAAAAUCAAAUAGGACUGAUAGAAGCUACUUUUUAAAGAAUUUCCUGCUUUAUCUUAAAAUUUUGACUUUUGGGGUUUUUUUUGUUGUUGUUGGAGAGGAGACCACAGGUUCUCCCCUUCAGCCAUCUCUGGGCAGCAGGUUGCUGGCGGCCCCACCAGGGACCGCUCAGCACGGUGGCAGCACCCAAGCAGGGCAUUGGCAGGGCUUCCUCGCUCACUGUCCGAGUGCUUUCCCGAUGCUCCUGGAGCACAACCUCGCGCUCUUUCAGCAGAUCCAUGUUGGAUUUCAUGUGGGCAAUGCUCUGUUCUUAAUGACGUGACUUGAGAUCAUUUCACCAGACUAAAUAAAGGAGAAUGGAAACCAGUUCAUGGCACAGUGUACAGGGGAGGCCGGGAUAGAGCCAUGCGGAAUAUACUAUGUAUAUAUGUAAAAGCAUAUAUAUGUUAACUAUUGAGAAAAAACAAGCAUUUUACCUUUUAUGAUUGGAUAUAGUCAACAUACGAUGUACGUUUUUGUUUGUUGCUGGGUUUUGUUUCAUUUAACCUGUCUUUGCACCCUCUCCCACUGCAAACAGCCAAGUGUCAAAGCACUUUCAUUUGAAAGCAAUGUUGUAAUUUUUCAGUUGAAUCCUUAAGGGGACUUUGGCCUUGUUUCUGCUUCUUGUUGUCUGAGAACAGUAGUCACCUCUAGGAGCAAUCAUUACCAAAACACAAACAAACCAAAGGUACCCAGCCAGCCCACCACGGAAAGGAGAGAUUUGAGACGUGGGAUUCCCACUUGAGAGCCAAAGGACACGCCCUGUCAUGGUUUGUGUUUGGCCUAUGUUCAUAUUAGUGAACAUGACUUGUUGCUUUAUUUAUUUAUAUUUCUUUUCAGGGAGCUUUCCCCAUUUUCCUUUCUUCUGUACCUACCCCAGGUCAUCCCAUUUCUGUUGUUACUACUUUCAUUCUCACUGUCAUUGUAACCAUCAGUUAUGUACUGCCCGUGGGAAAGCUACAUAGUGGUGUUUGACCUGUACACAUGCAUAUGUGAACGUGCCUGAGCUGUUCAGAUCUGAGGUCAUUGUGGUUACAGCAUGUGUGCACGCUCCCCCUUCUGCGUAUGCACUCUCUCACUAAUUCGAUCUCUCUGGCUUCAGAGGUGCGCCCACUGGUCUCCACUCUAACACAUUGCCAGGAUUUGCUUCUGGCUGUCCCGGAAUGGGGAUGACUCCCAUUGUCAUCAUGUUGGACAUUUAUCUUACAGAUUGCCCUGUGAUGGAAAGGAAGGCCUCUGAUUACUAGAAAACACAGCAACAGAAGACCUGUACUCUCCCUGCCCCUUUGUCCCUCCGUGCGAAGGCACCCUGUGAGACAGCCAGUCUUCUUGGAAGCGGAGUACCUUCUCCCCACUUCCACCCCCCACCCCCGCUAAUAGGAAUUGGAAAAUCUGGGCCAUCCUAGGGUCACCAUUUUUUCCUUAUUUGUGCCAAUGCCCAAGUUGCAGAUUUCCCUUUUCCUUUAUUGUAAUGUGUUAGAAAGAUAAGUUGGUGUUGCCAGAUGGAACAUUCUGUUCGGGCAGUGCUAGGGUAACACCCUGCCCAGAACCCCCGAUUUCAUAGGCUGUUCUUCCCUUAGGGUUCAUACCCCCUCAUUCCUAGCAAGACUUAAAGAUAGCCCCUCCUGAUCAAAUUCUUCUCAUUGUGGAACUUUAUACCUGGAAGCCUUCGUGAAGGCUGCUAAUGAGUUACAUUAAUUACUGCAAAUCAGUGGAAUUCUUAAGAGACAAGAUAAGUUUUGUGUACAUUUGUCACACCUCUCCCCUCGCCUGUCCCACUGCCCCGACCCCAGCUUUUCUGUAUACCAUCCAAAAGGGUUUUUAAGCCCUAACAUUGUCUAUCAAAUGGAGAGCCUAAUUUACCAAAAUGAAACUUGUAAAUUUCUGUGUCCUUGUAUGUAAGUUUACUUUUUAUGGAGGAAAGAUUCUGGAUAAUGGCAAAUGAAGAUUACGAAAUGCAUUUUACUCCUGUGAUUAGGUUAUGUGCACACAGGUCAUAACCUGCAUGUCGAGCCCCCUCCAGCAAAGGGUAAGAGAGCUCAGCCUCGGGUGGCCAACAUUCAGUUGUUCAGGUUCAUAGUCAAAGUUAAGUUUUAGAACUACUUGUACUCAGUAACAAAAAUCAUUUUCUUUCUUUCUUUUUCUGUUGUUGUGGAAAAGUGUGGAUUUGUUAUUAAGCAUUUGAUUUUCUGUGUCCUUAAGUACUGCCUAAAGGUAAAGCAAAUUUUAAACUGGCAAUUACGAAAAAAGAACUAUUUUAGCUCUGAAGAAUUUAGUAGACUUUGUUAGAUUAGGGAGGCCUUACAGACUGACUUGACUUCAAAGAGGACGCGUCACUCACUGUCAGUGUGGUGUGGGCUUUAUUUGCUUAAAUACCUUCAUUUGUAUAGUAUGUCUCACUUGAAAUUGCUUUGUAUACAUUUUGUAAAAAUAUUUAUAAAAUGUUUUGUAAAAAAAAGUAUAACAAA